AUGAUCCCAGGAGAGCACAUGGGUGUGGCUGGACUGCCACAUCUUAGUAACUCCCACUGCGUUGUUUGCCAUGUGGAGAAGUAUGGUCUCUACCUUAUCUCUGCGUACUUUAAGUACAGCGACUCAAUCGACCAACAUCUCCAACACCUAGAGACCAUACUUGACCAGUUAAAGGGCAAGCGCGUUGUCAUCGGAGUUAAUAGCAACGCGCACUCGCCGCUCUGGUACAGUGACAGAGCACAAAUAGUGGGAAGAGGAAAUGAAGCAGAGCAUCGCAGGAGGAUGAUGGAGAACUUCAUCAUGUCGCGAGGGCUCACUCUGGCCAAUGUGGAGGGACAACCGCCCACGUUCGCUGGAGCCAUGGGUGAGUCAAAAAUCGACCUAACCCUCGGGGCGAGAGGUGUCAACGCAUCAGGAUGGCGAGUGCUGGAUUGCACCAGCAUGAGCGACCAUCGUCUCACCACGUUCAAGGUUGCGAGAGAGCGUCAUGUGGAGCUUGCGUGGCCGGUGGAGGUGUCUGUCCGUUUUCGGGACCGGGAGGUUGACUGA